AUGACCAGGGAUAUACCACACAUUGACGACUUGCAACCCUUGACGGUAGACGAACAUUUUAAAAUUUUAUUAUCCUCCGGCGAGGAGCUUAUUGACGAAAAAAGUACCGGGGAUUUGACAAUCUCGGAUUUACCCGAGUGGUUUGACGAAGAACUUUACCGAGCAGGGCAACAAUACUAUUGUUCCAACGUUCUCGGAGUGAGCGUAGCGUCUCUUUCCGGACUUGUAUCAGUUCUAGCGAUACCUUCGAUUCUUGAAGUUCUCGUGCAAACGAAGCAAAGCGGCACCCCAUGCACAGCUUUCAAACGCUACCUAGAAACCAUUUUCCAUACUCGCGUCUGGUACAAGGCCGAUUUCAAAGACAAGGAUUCCGAUUGGUGGAAGUCGCUUAAUACGGUACGAUGGAAGCAUAGCGCAGCGAGUCAACGAUCUAAGAAAGCAGGCUGCGGAGGAAUCACCCACAGGGAUAUGGCGUUUACUCAAUACGGUUUUAUAGGAUCUAUUUUGAUCAUACCGGAAACUCUAGGUCUCACGAAUACCCAUAGAGAUCGCGAUGGGAUUAAUCACGUGUGGAGAGUCCUUGGUCAUAUGUUAGGAAUUUCGGACAGAUUAAAUAUUUGCCGUAAAACCGAGGCGGAAACUACAGAACUUUGUAAGAGAUUGCAGAUCGAAGUAUUCGGCAAAUACAUGCGGGAGCAGUCGUCGCAAUUUUUAAAAAUGACGGAAGCUUUACUGGAUGGAAUGUGGAGCAUUGAUGUGGCUAUAGAUAAAGAUGCCUUUCUUGCAUUCACCUACAACUUGAACGACGUGCCAUAUCAGAAGCCCCUAGGUCUCUAUAGUUUGUUGAACCUCAAGUAUCGAGAAGCAGCCCUUUGGCUAUGUGGUAAUUAUCGAUUUCCAACAGGUCAUAGCUAA